UGUAAAUGCGGCUAAAUACUCGGUUAUCGUCGAUCAAAAUCGGAUGAAUUGAAUAGGUGCACCAAUCCGGAGCACCCACGAUCUAAGCUCCGAUGUUUGUUGUAACGUCUGCUAGGAUGGCAGCAAUAAAGUUAAUUUUGUCUUUAUUCAUUAAUUUAACGAUAUGUGUGAUAUUAACUAUAGCUGGGAGAGAUUUCUAUGCCAUUUUAGGCGUAUCGUCCACAGCGAGUCAGCAUUCUAUUAAAAAAGCCUAUAGGAAAUUAGCUAAAGAAUUGCAUCCUGAUAAGAACAAAGAUGAUCCAGAUGCCUCACAGAAAUUUCAAGACCUAAGUGCAGCUUAUGAAGUUCUCUCUGACAAUGAGAAGAGAGAGAUGUACGACAGAUGCGGGGAAGAGUGUCUGAAAAAAGAUGGGAUGAUGUACAAUAAUGAUCCUUUCGCAAAUUUCUUUGGUGAUUUUGGUUUCCACUUUGGUGGAGAAUCUCAACAACAAAAUGAAAUCCCCAAAGGUUCCAAUAUAGAAAUGGAUCUAGUAGUUACUUUAGAAGAAUUAUAUAGUGGAAAUUUCAUAGAGAUAACAAGGAAUAAGCCUGUUAUGAAGGCAGCGAAAGGAACUAGGAAAUGCAAUUGCAGAAAAGAAUUAGUCACUCGUAAUUUAGGAAAUGGAAGGUUUCAAAUGACUCAACAGUCGGUAUGUUCAGAGUGUCCGAACGUUAAAUUCGUUACCGAAGAACGAGUGUUAGAGGUUGAAGUAGAACCGGGAAUGGUAGACGGUCAAGAGACCAACUUUACGGCGGAAGGUGAACCUCACUUAGACGGAGAACCCGGAGAUUUAAUUCUAAGAAUACGAACACUGCCGCAUCUUGUUUUUGAAAGAAUCGGCGACGACUUGUACACGAACAUCACUAUAUCCAUGCAGGAUGCUUUGGUAGGUUUCAAAAUGGACAUAGAACACUUGGACGGGCACAAAGUAACUAUUCAGAGAGACAAGGUGACCAAACCGGGUGCUCGUAUUAGAAAAAAAGGCGAGGGAAUGCCUAAUUAUGAAAAUAACAAUCUCCACGGCAUUUUAUAUAUCACAUUCGAUGUUGCAUUCCCAGACACGCAAUUCACUAGUUCACAAAAAGAAGAAAUCAUAAAUUUGUUUCAACAAGAAUCUGUGAAUCGAAUUUAUAACGGAAUAAGGGGAAAUUAAGAACUUUAAGUGCAAUGUAUGUACAAAGUGACGCUGUAAAGUGUGCAAAUAACUGAAGUGCAUCCGAUGACUGUGUGUUUCUGUACCAAGUGGUGUUUUCGCUUCCUUCAGACGUGGAUACCAACAGGCUUGGUAGCUGGUUAUUAGGUCAGUUGAAAUGGAUACAUGUAGUAUAACAUAGUAACCAUUACAGUUACAUAAACUUCCUCUUUGAUCAUAAGAGACUGGUUAUACAUAUAUAUAUAUAUAUAAUUAUUGCCAACUAUUUGUACGAAUGUCAGCAAUGGUUGAGCAGUUUAUUUAACGGAGUAAGUUAUUUUACGUUUAAUAUGCGUGUGGGUGAUGUAUGAGUGUUUUACAUGAGCAGAAGUUUUGCAUUCAACUAAAUGAAUAAAAAUACCACGAUGACUGUUUUCGAAAAUUGGAGUCAGUAUCGAAAAUCAAAUACGAUUAGCGAACUAUUGUGGUACAAUUUUUCUAUCAUUAUUACUUACAAUGAAAUGUACAAGUUUUACAUGAAAUGUAAAAGUUUUGCAUUAAAUUAUACACAUUAUUUCGUA